UUUUUUUUAUCUUCAUAUUUUGAUAUGUUAUCAGCACAACCUGCUUAUGCUCUUGCAAGAGCAACCUUCAAACGGGCUCAACGUGGUUUAUUUGGUGGAAAACAUAUUCAAUUCGGUAACAAUAAUCCAUUCUCCAAGAAAAAAACUCGACGUAACUGGCUUCCCAAUGUACAAAGCAAGAAACUUUAUUCUGAAGCCAUGCAACGAUUCUUUGAUCUUAAAGUCACGACCUCUGUUUUACGAACCAUUGAUAAGAAAGGAGGAUUAGAUCGAUAUCUUUUGGAUACGAAGGACAAGAACUUACAUAGUGAAAAAGCUUUGGAUUUGAAGAACUUAAUACUCAAGCAUCAGCAGAAACAAACCAAACCUGUCAGUAACCUAUAGACACCUUUUUUUUUUUGAACCACCUUCUCUCAACUUCCUCCUUUCAAAAAUAGUAUAUACUCUCAUCUUUCUUCUUACUUGACAAACAUGCAACUACUCUUAUACUCCCUUAUCAUUCCAUCUUCAUGAUUCUUCUUUAGUAUGUACUCAUAGUUCUCUGUAUUUUUCCCUCCUCCUUUUGACAUAUACAUAUUUACUUAUUUAUUUAUUUUUUUUCUUUUUUAACGAUAAAAUCUAAAUUGACAUAACUGUAAAGAAAACAAAGUUGAAUGAUUGUUUAUUUGAUAUGGUUGAAAAUGAUGAUAUUUCUCGUCAACUUUUAUAUGAUUCAAUCCACUUGAUGUAUAAAAAAGAGGUUACUCGUAUUCUCAAUCCCCGCUGACUUUUUUCUCUUUCUUUU